GAAAUUUAAAACUUCUAUUCUACAAUAUAUUGUUUCUACGAAAUAAGGUUUUACAGGUUUGAAUACUACAACCCAGUAUUUCGAGCGUCUUCUAACGUCGUCAUGGUUGUUACAGACACUUUUAUAUUUUUGUUUUUGUUUUUUAGUUAUAUUUCUUAUUCAAUAUAUUAAAAAGAGCUAUAAGUGAACUAUUUCUAUCGUUCGCUUAUAUUACUUAUAUGACUAUUGUUUGUUUCCAACCCUAUGGCUCCCACUGUAAACAAGCUCUCAGUUGUUCUCUUCAUCUUCAUCUCCUUUUUGUCGUCAACUCUCUCUAUAAUCCUAAAAUACCCGGCAAUCGUCAACUUUGGGGAUUCAAAUUCCGAUACGGGUAAUCUUAUCUCAGCGGGGAUUGAAAAUGUUAAUCCACCGUAUGGCCAGACUUACUUCAAGCUUCCCUCAGGACGAUAUUGUGACGGGCGCCUUAUUGUAGAUUUUCUAUUGGAUGCAAUGGACAUGCCGUUUCUAAAUCCGUAUUUGGAUUCACUAGGUUUACCGAAUUUCAAAAAAGGGUGUAACUUUGCAGCAGCCGGAUCCACCAUUCUUCCCGCAAACCCGACCUCUGUUUCUCCCUUCUCCUUUGAUCUUCAAAUCUCUCAAUUUAUUCGGUUCAAAUCUAGGGCACUUGAACUACUUGCUAAAACAGGAAGGAGAUAUGAAAAGUACUUGCCACCAUCUGAUUAUUAUGCAAAAGGACUAUACCUGAUUGACAUAGGCCAAAAUGAUAUUGCUGGUGCCUUUUACUCCAAGACUCUUGACCAAGUUCUUGCCUCUAUUCCUUCCACUCUUGAAACUUUUGAAGCUGGGCUCAAGAGGCUGUAUGAAGAAGGAGCUAGAAACUUUUGGAUACACAACACAGGACCGUUAGGAUGUUUGGCUCAAAAUAUUGCCAAAUUUGGGACAGAUUCAACAAAGCUUGAUCAGUUUGGAUGUGUUAGUUCCCAUAACCAAGCAGCCAAACUGUUCAAUCUUCAACUACAUGCCCUCUCGAACAAAUUUCAAGCCCAAUUCCCUGAUUCAAAUGUUACUUACGUUGAUAUUUUCUUGAUCAAAUCCAAUCUCAUCGCUAACUAUUCUCAAUACGGUUUUGAAAACCCCAUAAAGGUCUGUUGUGGAACUGGUGGAGCACCUCUAAAUUAUGAUAGCCGCAUUUCGUGUGGCCAAACUAAAGUCUUAGAUGGGACAACAGUAACGGCCAAAGCAUGCAAUGAUAGUUCUGAGUACAUAAACUGGGAUGGAAUUCACUAUACCGAAGCUGCAAACCAUUUUGUUUCAGAUCAGAUCUUAACUGGGAAGUAUUCUGAUCCAGCUUUUUCAGAUCAGAUGCCAUUUCUUCUAAGCAUAAAACUUUAAAAUGUGUAAUAAUUUGUUGUUUCAUUAAUUGUUUUUGUUCUCGGUCA